GGAUCGGGACCGGGAGUAGGAGCGGAGCCCGGCCCGUCCCGCUCCGGUCCGGCCCGGUUCGGUCCGACCAUGGAGCUGCUGCCCCGCAGCCCCGCCGAGUUCGGCUCCGCACGUUACUGGGAUCGCUUCUUCCGCCAGCGCGGGCAGCGGCCCUUCGAGUGGUACGGAGCCUUCCCGGAGCUCUGCCCCGUUCUGCACAAGUAUGUGCGGCCCCGCGACAAGGUUCUCGUGGUGGGCUGUGGGAACUCGGAGCUGAGCGAGCAGAUGUACGACGUGGGGAUGUGCGAGGACAUCGUCAACAUCGACAUCAGCGACGCCGUGAUCCGCCAGAUGCGGGAGCGCAGCGCGAGCACGAGGCCCAGGAUGAGCUACCUGCUGAUGGACAUGCUCCACAUGGACUUCCCUGACGCCCACUUCCAGGUGGUCCUGGACAAGGGCACGCUGGAUGCCCUCCUGACCGAUGAAGAGGAGGCCACUUUAGCCAAGGUGGAGCAGAUGUUUGCUGAGAUCAGCCGGGUCCUGCAGGUGGGAGGGCGCUACCUCUGCGUCUCCUUGGCUCAAGCCCACGUGCUGAAGAAAGCGGUGGAGUACUUCUCGCAGGAAGGCUGGGUGGUGCGUGUCCACCAGGUGGCCAGCAGCGGGGAUAAGGAGCAGUUUGUCCUCCCGGUCUUUGUGUACGUCAUGACAAAGUUCAGGAAGAUCCCUGGCUCAGCAGCACAGAUCCUGGAGAUCUGCCCUGAGGAGCAGGACAAGCCGAUGCGGGUGGAGAGCACGGAGAGGCUGCUGGCAGCAGUGAAGGACAGGCAGCAUUAUGCCCUGCUCUGCAGCCAGAUAAGCAAAACCCCCUGCAGGGAACAGGUUUCCUUGGAUCUGUGUGACAGAGAGAGCGGGAAGCCUCGCUACACGCUGCACGUGGUCGACAGCACCUCGGUGAAACCUUCCCGGGACAAUCACUUUGCCAUCUUCAUCAUCCCACAGGGCAGAGAAACCGAGUGGCUCUUUGGGACGGAGGAAGGGCGGAGGCAGCUGGCGGCCAGCGCGGGCUUCGGGCGCCUGCUGACGGUGGCCCUGCACAGGGAGCAGCGCUACGAGGGCAUGGCUGGCAUCCAGGCAGAGCUGUCAGCCAAGGUCAUGGAGCUGGCCCCACCAGGCCUCCCUGCCCGGCAGCAGGUGCCCUUCCUGUCUGUGGGAGGGGACAUCGGGGUGCGGGCGGUGCAGCACUGUGACAGGAGCCCCCUGAGCGGGGAGUUCGUCGUGGAGGAUGUGAAAGGAGAUGGCACCUUCUACUUCCGCCGCCUCAUCUUCCUCCAGAACAGGAACGUGGUGCAGUCAGAGGCUCGGCUCUUGGCCCCCAUGCCUCUCCCAGGACAGAAGAAGCGGAGGAAGGACAAGAAGAAACCCAGCCCCACUGAACAGCCCGGAGCCAUCGACAAGAGCUACCUGUGCUGUGAGCACCACAAGGCCAUGGUUGCGGGGCUCUGCCUGCUGGGGGGCCCCGACGCCCUCCCAGGAGAGCUGGCAGUGCUGGUGGUGGGGCUCGGCGGGGGCAGCCUGCCCCUCUUCGUCCACGAUUACUUCUCACAGGCCCGCGUGGCCGUGGUGGAGAUCGACCCCUCCAUGCUGGAAGUGGCCACGCGCUGGUUCGGCUUCUCCCAGGGUGAGCGGAUGCAGGUGCACGUCUGCGAUGGCCUGGACUACGUGGCCAAGCUGGCAGCUGAAGCACCAGCCCAGUAUGAUGCCAUCAUGUUUGAUGUGGACAGCAAAGACCUCACGGUGGGGAUGAGCUGCCCGCCCCCAGCCUUUGUGGAAAAGCCCUUUCUGCAGAAAGUUAAAACCAUCCUCAAGCCAGAAGGAGUCUUCGUGCUCAACCUGGUGUGCCGCGACGCCCGGCUGAAGGAAUCCGUCCUGGCCACCCUCAGGGACGUCUUCCCGCUGCUCUACGCGCGCCGCAUCCGAGGGGAGGUCAACGAGAUCCUGUUCUGCCAGCCGGGCCCCGCGGGCCGGCGCGGCCCCGCAGAGCUGGGGGCGCGGGCCCGGGCGCUGGAGGGGGCCCUGCGCCAGCCGGGGCGGCCCUGGGACGGCUCCUACGUGCUGGCAGACAUGCUGCAGUCUGUCCUCAUCCUCUGAGGGGCUCUGCUGCUGCUCCAACACCGUGAGCCUCCUGUGGGGGCUGCCCGUGGCUGGCCUGGGCCUGCUGGAAGGAUGGGACUGGCUUGGGAAGCGCUUCCUGCGGCGUGGCUCCUCAGGAAGGGCUCCGGCACCGUGGAGGGUUGGACAGCCCAAGGGUUCAGCUGGUGGGGUGAGGAAGGUGCUGUGGGACUGGCAGGACUGUGGGGUUUAGGUCUCGCCUGGUUGCUUUCCCACUUUGGGAAGAACAUCCCUCCGACUCUUCUUCCCCUUCAGCACAGCUCCUUUCGUUCUGAUGGUGCCUCUCCCCGCAUCUCUGGCAUUCCUGGUGUCUCUGCAGAGCCCCAGCCCUGCUCCAAGUCUGCUUGUGGAUGUGUGUGGGAGGCUGUGAGCUGGGAGAAUAAAGUGCUCAGGGGUGCUCUCAGGCCUGUAGUGCUUUGCUAAGGCUGAUUUCUGGAGCACCCACACCCCUGGAAAACCUACAGUCACCUCUGUGCUUCAAAGGCGUGUCCUGGGAGCAGGCAGCUGCCCCUUGGACCCCAUUGCCCCCUCACCACUCACCCUCCCCAAACUGCAUCCCACUACAUUUUCCCUCUUCUCAGUCUCUCCAGCCAUCGCCACUGAGCUGAAAUGCCUGAGCUCAGAACCCUUCUGCCCCAGGGCCAGCAGGGACCCAGCCCUGGGCUCAGGCUCCUGGCCACACCAACCCAUUUACCCAGCUGGUGCAGGCCAGCCUUCCUGAAAAUAGCAGGAAUUUCCCCUUCCUGAAAGGGCAGCCAGGAAAUACUCAUUGGGGUGUUCCCACAGCACCCCAGUCCUGGCCAGACAGCUCCUUCAAGAGCUGACCUGGCUGGUUAUGGAACAGCUGACCUGCAGGUUCUCAUUCAUUCAUCAGAAGCUAUUUUUGGGGGGCUUGUCUUUCUCCCCUGCAACAGCUGGUGCCAAAAUGAGCCUGGGACACGGCACCAAAGUGACCAGCUUGCAGACAGCAAGGUGACAAAAUGGUGCUUUGCCACUGAUCCUGCACCCUCACUCCAUGGUCCCUUCUGCCUCUGGCAGCCUGAGGAGGACAUCUCUGGCAGCUGCUUCCCAAAGCAAACCCUCCCCAGGCACCUUUCCACAGCCCAGGGAGGUAACAGCGCACCAGGAGUAGCUCCAGGAGGGAUCUGUGUCUCAGCAUUCCUGCUGGGGCCGUCUCCCAGCUCUGCACCUCACACACCCUGUGCCAAGAGGGUUUGGGCUGCCCCUCAUCGGCCUCUCCUUGCUUGGAAGGAGCCAGCUCUCCUCCAUCUGUGGGAAAUCCUCUGCCACUUCAAAUGCACGGUGAUCAGCUGUGUGAGCCUGAGAAUUUGCAGUUCCCCAGCUCCACGGGGCCAUAGAAAGGACACCCCAAAGGCUCUUGCCCCUUGAAGCAGUGGGGGCCAUGUGGGCACUGCACCAAUGCUGGAGAUGGGGCUGUUGGUGUUGAGCAUGCACCAUUGCAGCUGUGCUGCCAGCAAAGCACCUCCCUCUGAUCAGCAACUGGGGAUGUAUUUUCAUUUUAAUUUGCCAGCAGGUUCUACUUUGGGAAGUGCUCUGUUCAGAUCCCUUCUCUGAUGCUUCCUCCCUUGUUUCCCUUCACACAGAGGGACAGAUGGGUGCCCUACUUUCUCCCUGGGUUAACCUCCAUCUAUGCAGAGGGAGAUGCUUUUUUUAAUAAGUGUUUUUGAUGGUUCCCAGGCUCAGGAGAGCAGGGCUGGCCUGCUCCCUUCCUCAGAUAAAGGCAGCCUGGCUAGGUGCCCUCUGUGUCACUCACCAGCCAGUCACCCCUCCAGUGCAUUCUCCUCCUGUGCUGAGUUCAGGACAGCACGGGGGAGAAACGAGGCUGAAGCUGGAGCUGAAGUGUGCCUGCCCCCAUGCAGUUUCUAAAGCUCUUCUGUGAUGAGCGCUGUUUUGAAAGCUAGCUAUUAUCCACCUAGCUUAGCAAUGGCAAAUUUCUCAACUAGAUCAGCAGUGCUGCAUUUA